AGAGAAAGAAAAAUCAGACGUCACAAAUAGAAGAAGCAUCCACUCCUCUCUCAUCAACACUACACAGGCUAACUGCUAUCUGCUAACAAGCUAACGGCUAACAGGCUAUCGGGCUACAUGCUCCGCCCUAAGCUUCCUCCUGCAUUCCUUUAUCAAACUUCUCCUCUGCAGAAAACCUCGGCUAAAUCCACCCCGGUGUCAGAAAUACCCCAGACCAGACCCGUUUUCCACCACUGGAGCCUCUUUUUGCAGGUCGCAGGAGGCUAAUUUGUCCGAGCAGCUAGCCUAGCCGCUAACAGUGGGCAGCAGCUAUGGAUGAACUGGUUGUGGAAGUGCGAGGGACCAGCGGGGCGUUUUAUAAGGCUUUUGUGAAGGACGUCCAAGAGAAUUCAGUCACUGUUGCGUUUGAAAACAAUUGGCAGCCGGAGCGACAGAUCCCAUUCCAUGAUGUGCGGUUUCCUCCUCCAUCAGGAGCACUCAAAGAGAUCAACGAGAGUGAUGAGGUUGAGGUUUACUCCAGAGCCAAUGACAAAGAACCGUGCGGCUGGUGGCCCGCCAAGGUCCGAAUGGUCAAAGGAGAGUUUUACGUGAUCGAGUACGCCGCCUGCGAUGCCACACUGAACGAGAUUGUGACGUUGGAGCGAUUACGACCUGUGAAUCCAAACAAAGGAGCCGCUAAGUCCACCUUCAUCAAGAUCAGACUGGACGUACCUGAGGACCUACGGCAGAUGUGCUCCAAGGAAUCGACCCACAAAGAUUUUAAAAAGGCUGUGGCGGCAUUCAAUGUCACCUACGACUCUGAGAAAAAACAACUCGUAAUUUUGUCUGUAAACGAGGUGACAACAAAGAGAGCCCAGAUGAUGAGCGACAUGCACUUCAGGAGUCUGAGGACCAAACUGUCUCUAAUGCAGAGGAAUGAAGAGGCCAGCAGACAGCUAGAGAGUUCCAGACAGCUGGCAUCCCGGUUCCAUGAACAGUUCUCAGUGAGAGAUGAUCUGAUGGGUUUGGCUAUCGGGACUCAUGGAGCAAACAUUCAACAGGCCAGAAAAGUACCAGGAGUCACCAACAUCGACCUGGAUGAAGAGACAUGCACCUUCCACAUCUACGGAGAGGAUCAGGAUGCUGUGCGUUUGGCCCGGAGUUACCUGGAGUUUUCUGAAGAUGUCAUCAAAGUGCCCAGAAACCUGGUCGGAAAGGUGAUUGGGAAGAAUGGGAAGCUGAUUCAGGAAGUGGUGGAUAAAUCCGGAGUGGUGAGAGUCCGGAUUGAACCAGAGAACGACAAAAAGCCCUCUGCCUCUGCGGCAACGGACGAGGGCAUGGUUCCGUUUGUGUUUGUGGGUACAAAGGAGGCUAUCUCUAACGCUACAGUUCUGUUGGACUACCACCUCAACUACCUCAAGGAGGUGGAUCAGUUACGGCUGGAGCGUCUUCAGAUUGACGAGCAGCUGAGGCAGAUCGGAGGAGCAGGACCAGGAACGGGACCCAGAAACUCCAAAGACAAAGUCUAUGUGUUUGACAAUGGCAACAAUGCAGGCCGAGGGGAGAGAGGGGAGAGAGGAGAGAGGGGGGAGAGAGGUCGACCCUAUGGAGGGAGGGGUCGAGGACGCAGAGGAGCAUUCACAUCAGGCACAAACUCUGAGGCAUCAAAUGCGUCAGAGACAGAGUCAGACCACAGAGACGAGCUCAGUGAUUGGUCACUGGCUCCGGCUGACGAGCUGAUGACAGGAGGCGGGACUUUGCCCAGGCGCAGUGGCGAGGGCCGGAGGCGGGGCAGUGGGGCGGGGCUACGAGGAAGAGGAGGAAGAGGAAGAGGAGGGUACAAAGGAGAGGAGCUGGCGUGGGGAGAGCCCAGACCUCGUCACAUCAGAGACCCAAAGUCCAGAGGUCCAGAGGACUCUUUACAGAUUCGCGUGGACGGAAAUGAGCGCAGCGUCCAGCACUCGUCCAGAGGAGGUGGAGCUCCGUCCCACCACCGUCCAAUCAGAGGGCUGAAGAAGGAUAAGCCAGAUGUCCCGCCACUUGUCAAUGGGGUGUCGUAGGCGCCCCCUUCAGGACACUCACGGCACUGACACAUUUAAACCAGAAACACCACAACUCCGGCUUCUCUCAGUCCACUUUACUGCCCUGGAUCUACACACCAGAAUUUUGUUAAAGCGAAUCGAAAUGACUCUUUUAUUUUAGCUUUUUUUUGGGCAGAAAGACUCUCUCACGCCCGGCACUUCCACAUGAAAUGCAACUUAAAUUUAUGAAUAAUACAUUUGGAUUUUUUUUUCGCACUUAUUUGAAACGAACUGUUGAUGCCAGAAUGGUUUAGAAAUUGUUGAAAAAAAUGACUUCUUUGUUGUAAAUCGCUCUUGUACAUGAUGAGGUCUGUAGUGUUGCCUUUAACUGAGGGUGUGUGGAAUAGCAGUUCUUGUAUUGUUACUGACUGCAGAUUUAGAACAGGCUUAGUCCAGGGAUAGACCAAGAAUAGUCAGCGAUAGUACAGGUUUAGUCCAGGGUCUGUACUUUAAACCUAUGUCUCUUAUACGGCUGUGAAUUCUUAGCAGUUUUAAUGUGUUAUUGCUGAGAAACAGAUUUUUACAUAGUGUCCAAAAUGAGUUGGGAUAUAAAUGUGAGCUUCUAGAAUGCAAAAACAGACAGCGAAAAAGCCUUAAUCUAAACAGGGACGGACCACCAGCCAAAUGCAUGGGACAAAUGUCAUACAUGUCAAUACUAUGUUCACACUGGGGUUAAAAGAAACAGGAAAUGUUGUAUUUUUUAAUUUAAUCAAACUCAAUUUAUGAACAUAUUAGCGCGUUGUACAAACAUUAAGUCGGCGCUACUUCUGUGUUCACAAUAAAAAUGCUUUAUAGACCCUUUAAAAUUUUAUUGUGUCAUCGGAAUAUCAAAAUUCUCGAAAGGAAGUAAAUUGAAAUGGGCCAUGAUACAUUUUCAAAGAUCCUAAUGAGAGGUGAUCAAACGACGUUCUGGAUUAAAUUCAGUUUGUACCAUAUUGGAUUGUUAAGUGUGAUGUCACUUCCGGGUCCAUCAGCUGAUUGAAAAUUUCUCUUUUUAACGUCAGGUUACGUUAAGAAGUGAUUGCAGUUAUUAAAAGCUAACAGUUAUAAGCAUCGAUCUAUGGUUAUAACUGAUAGGAUUAGGAUUAUUCUUACCUCAACUUCCUACACUUUCUAUGUUAUGAUAGAUUAUUACUACAUUAUUUAAAUAUUUGAUACAGUUUGUGGUUAAAUAUAUGCUUUUGAAAGGCAACUGUCAGUUGUUUGUUUUUGUUCCUUAUUCUUCAAAGUUGGAAAUAUGAUGUGAAGUUUCUGCUUGGACCUAGAAGUGACAUCAUCAUUACUUGGAUAUACAAAUACAUUUUAACAGUAUUUAUUUGGAAAACCACUACAGGCUUUUUAUGGAUAAAAAAAGCUUGUUGUGAAUAUUGAGAUGAAUAUAUUUUUGUUACCACACCUCUAAUAUUCAUUUGGCUUCUGUAGGUCAGAUCUGCAACUGAUUCGGGACCCCACAGCAAAAAGACAUUUGCACCCAUAAUAAUUUAAAGAGGAAAAACAUUAUAAACCAGGUUAAAUUGUGUUUAAUUUGAGUAGUUUUUGUAUUGUUUAAUCUCAUUUUAACAUUUGUGGUUUUCAGUGUAAACAACUUAUUAAAUACAGUGUCAUCCCAGGUUCUCUGCUGUAGUUACUCUGCCCCUCUAGUGUGAACGCAGCCUUUAACAUCAUUUUAAAGGGAAACUUUAAAUUUUUGGGCUUCAGACAAAUAAAUAAAUGAUUAAAUAUCACCUGUCCCCUCCUCCUUCAUCUGCCCCCUCCUUCCUCACAUUUAUCCCUGUGAUAUACCAGAGGAGCAGGUCAGGCUAAAAUCAUAAGACUGUAAAUGUCCCCUCCGUUUUCAAACCACAGGAAAAUUCCAGAAUGUUUCUUUAAUUUAUGGAGACUUUGUACCUUCUGCUCUGUUUUUGGGAAAUAAUUGUACUUUGAUUUCAAGCGUUACUGUAGACAAACAUAUCAGUGAUUUAAACCUGGAAACCUUAAAAUAAAAGGCUCGUGUACAGACAA